AAAAUCUGAAGAUAAAAUUAAAAAUCUGCUUUGAUAUCAUAAAAUCUCAAAAUAUAGUUUAACUUACAAGAUCAUGAUCUAUUUCUAAAAUCUAUAUCAAUCUCGAAAUAGCUAGCCUUUUAACUCGUCACUUCCCGUGGUUUCCCCAUCCUUGGUUUCGCUUCCUGAAAUGGUGGACAAGAAAAAAACUAUGAAAUAAACUCAGUAAGUAAAAUAUGGAGUGCCCUUAUUAAGCUUAUAGCAUGCCAACAAGUGCAAUCAUGAAAAAUGGAUAUAGUAUGGAACAAAAUAGACGUCUCCUCUAUAGGUCAUGGCUAGUGUUUAAAUCUCCCACUGGCAGGCUACAUUAUUUGCUGGUGUAUAACCCCCACUAGCAGGGUCACUCGAACGAACCGGUUCUAUAAAUAACAUGUUGACAUGUGCUAGCAUUUAACCCCCACUAGCAGGGUCAUUAAUAACAUAACCAUAUCGAAGACAAAACAGGCAAAAGUUAACAGAAAAAUCAUAAUUCACCAAUCACUUUCAAAUCAUCGGGACAAUCAAUUAAAUUUCAAAUCUGGAAUUCCUUGCUUUAGGGAGGGAGAAUUCUAAGCUCCAAAUCUAGUUCUUGAACAAGAAAAGAAGGCAAAAACCAAGCUUUACCGGUUUCCUCAAGGGGAGGUGCGUCGGGGCUGGGCUUCUUGUUCGGCUGCAGGGGGAUGGGAAAGAAGAAGAGAAACACGCGGCUGAAAAGAGAAAGAAGGAAGAAAAAUCACCCGAUCCUUAUCCAAUUUCUUUCCCCUUUUAAGCCCCUUGAAUUUAACACAAAUUGCCAUUAGGUGCACUAAUAAUAUUUCCUCACAAGUUAGUCCCUAACUCACAUUUAUUUAUUCUAAAAAUUUUUGGGGUAUCACAUCCACCCCUCCUAAAAAGGAGUUUUGUCCCCAAAACUCAAAUUGAGGAUCAUUUCCAGUGGUGAAUGGCUUCACACAAUCUGAGACAAAACAAAUGCCUCACCAACUCUUUAUGAACAGAACAUGGCCUACUACGCUUUCGUUGCCCCACUCUGAUAACAACCACAACUAAUCCUAAAAGCAGAACAUUAACUCCUUAACAGGAUUUACCAUGAAACAAGCUAUUGGAGGCUGGGGUGAUAUGGGAAGCACAAGGAAUAGAAACAAAUCUUGCCAAAGUCACAAAAGAACAAUUGUGGGGUUACGUUAUGAACCCAACACAAGACGAGUUGGCAAAGAAUGGCAUGGAUUUAAAGACGAGUACAACAAAACUUUGAACUCUUAUCAAAGACGGAUAAGCAUCCAAUGGAUGUAUAGAUCAUGAAUGAAUGAACAAGUGCAUGGAUGCCUUAUAAAUUCUGCCACAAAACAAGAUUAACCAAUAAGUAAAAUCAUGUUUAAUAAAACAACUGGAAUCAA